UCAAAGCAUCAAUUCCAUAAUCCACUACAUCAUCAGACGAUGUUGCUUGCUUAGCUUGGAUAGUUGAGUCAUAUACUGCACAAUCAUUGGCUGAGAAAAACCAAAAACUGACAUUAACUGAUCCGAACCCCACGUUAUCAAUUCAUAUUCGGCUUCCAUAUCCCCAAAUCGUUCUUCGAUUCAAAAAACCUAACCCCGCUGGACAGUCCACCAUGUUCCUUCAAAAUUCCAAAUCCAAACGCUACAGUUGACAGCUGUACUGCAUGUCAGAAAAUCGUGUAACAGGUACACGACUUUCUGACAGUGUAGCUUGUGCAUAACUUCGUCACUUUUUAACCUAGCAACGAGCCUUUAUAACCUAGCGCCGAGCCUUCUGCAUUUCAUCUUCAUUUCACGAGUCUGCCUUGCAUCUUCACGAAAACCCUUUUUCCUUCGCGAUUCUGCCUUCCAUCCUUCGUAAAAACUUAGCAAACCUUCCAUUUACUUCAGAUCCUGCCUUGCAUCUUCACAAAAACCCUUCUUUCCUUCUCGAUUCUGCCUUCCAUCCUUCACAGAAACUUAGCAACUCUUCCAUUUACUUCAGAUUCUGCCUUACAUCUUCACAAAAAACAUUCUUUCCUUCGCGACUUCCAUCCUUUCACAAAAACUUAGCAACCCUUCCAUUUACUUCACAAAGAUCGCAAUCCUUCCAUUUACUUCACGAAAAGUCCGCAGCGAAAGCCUCGUUCGCAGUCGGCUUCCCGAAGAAAGAAAAUUUGCACAAUGGAACCUGGUCCUGUUGAUCCUACCCAGCUAUAUCAACAAUCGUCUCAUCGCUCACAGUCUAUAUGGGACACUUCCUCCACUGUAGUUUUAAGUUGUCGGAGGAGGGAAGCAGCAUCCCAGCGCACAAUCCCCUUCGAUCAGCGUAUUGAGCCAUAUCUAGAGGCUGCUGGAUUUCUUGGAGUUUCUCAGAUAGGAUUCAUGCAGUUGGAUUGGCACUUAAUUACUGCUUUGGUCGAGCGUUGGAGACCAGAGACCCACACCUUUCAUAUGCCUUGUGGGGAAUGUACAAUCACGUUGCAGGAUGUUGCAAUUCAAUUGGGGUUACCGGUGGACGGGGAGCCUGUUGUAGAAUCAUUAAUUUAUAACUGGAAGCAAGUAUGUGAGGAUUGCUUAGGAGUUCUACCACCUGACAUGAAAGGUCAAAGGUUGAGUCUUCCAUGGUUGGCCAAACAGUUUACAGUAUUGCCACCAGAUGCUGAUGUUGUGACCAUCCAGAGAUACGCUCGUGCAUACAUAAUGCAACUCAUUGGAGGUUGUUUGUUUGCUGACAAAUCAAAUACCCUAGUACACUGUAUGUUUCUUCCGCUUUUAAGUGAUUUUGACGAGGCUGGUACGUAUUCUUGGGGAGCGGCAUGCCUUGCAUGGCUUUAUAGGGAACUGUGUCGAGCCAGUCAUGCACAAUCCUUAGAAAUAGCUGGGCCACUAAUGUUACUGCAAGUGUGGGCAUAUGACAAAUUUCCUAUUGUCGCACCACAAGUUGCAUUACAGGCUCUAGUUGAUCGACCAUUGGGUUUCAGAUGGAGUGGUGUCCAACCUAAAUCGGAACAAUCAGCAAAUAUGUUAUUAACGUAUCGACAAAUAUUUGAUCGACUAACUCACACUCAGAUUAAUUGGACACCAUACACUAGUGAUGUUAUGACAUUGCUUCCUGAUCGAUGUCAUAAUGGUCAAUUGAUCUGGACUUAUGUGGGCCCUUUGAUAUGCUUCCAUAUAGUUGAGUUGCAUGCACCUGAUCGUGUGUUGCGACAGUUUGGUAUGCAUCAACCUCUUCCAUCAUUUUGCAAUACAAACCCUGCACUGCACCGAAUUGAUUUAAGAGGCAAACACGAUCAAGAUUGGUGUAAGAUUCAUGUGGAAUAUAUCACAAAGUGGCAUUCGCGAAAUGAAUUUUGUGUAAAAGGAGUAGCAACAAACGAGCCAACAGUAUCAGAUGAUUAUUUUUCCUGGUACUCGUCAAUUACAAGACGAUUUAUCACAACUGAUGGCGCUUACUAUUAUCGCGUGAAUAAUUUUGUUCAAGACGUACGUGCUUACUCGAUGGAACACAAUUUACAAGAUUUGGGCUCAAUGUGUGAUCAAUUCUUGGAAAAUAUAGAACAUAUUAUUCAGCAGACCAAACGACUUAAUGUUGCUGACACCGAUCGAAGAUGCAUUCGACGUAAACGACGACGACAGGACAAUAAUGUCGUAGAUGAUAUCGUAGAGGGAGAUCAAGAUAAUGCUUAGUUUGUAAAUUAAAUUUUUAAUUCAUAUAAAUUUCAAUUUUAAAUGCAUUUUUAUUUGCAUCAGAA